AUGGAGACAGAGGCCAUGGAACGUCCCUCGGCAGACUACCUCAGCGAUCGACAGGGAGGGGAGAUGAUGAUGAUGGACCGCGCCGACCUCAUCGACAAGAUGCAUCGCUUCUCCACACACUACGACCUCGCCCCGGGAGCGUUCCACCGCGCAGUCUCCUUCGUCGACCGGUUCCUGUCGGCCAAGAAGAUCAACCGCGACGAGCGCGAGAUCUGCCUCCUCGUCGCGGCAGCCGUCUUCGCGGCGGCCAAGUACGAGGACAGGAACACCGUGCUGAAGAUCAACUCCGACCACGUCGCCAUGUACGCUGGGUGCACCCGAAGCGAGGCCGUCGACCAGGAGCGCGAGCUGGUUGCCGUGCUCGGCUACCGCCUGAGCGGACCCACGGCCUACAUGUUCGUCGAUCACUUCAUGAGGCACAGCCAGGAGGAGGCGGCGGUCAGGGCCCUGGCGCACCACCUGGCCGACAUGGCGCUGCUGGACUACCGGUCCGUGGCCUUCUUGCCGUCUGGCGUGGCCGCGUCGGCGAUCUUGCUGGCGAGGAUGUCCCUGUCCUAUUCGACGGCGACGCCGGUGGUGGCAGGCUAUACGGUGGAGGAGCUCAGCGGCUGCAUACAGGCGAUAUAUGACAUGCAUGAGCACCAGUGGGUGUGGCCAGGGUGCGCCCAGAUGAUGGUACACUGGGAGAGCACUGCUCAGUUCCGCUAUUUCUUGCCUCCCCUGUCCAUGCUGAUUGCCAUGCAUUGA